UGCGAAAGAAGAGACUCCAAAUUGACAAAUGGUGGGGAAAUCACAAGGACCUGGCCGCUGCUCGCAUCAUCUGUAGUCAUGUCCAGACUAUGAUCUUACACUGGGCUUCCGGUAUGAGACGAGACUCUAAGACCAAAAGCCCACAACCACCAGGCCUGCACUGGAGCCAGGGACUCAGUGCAGCUCUCCUGCAGCGGGGGACUCAGCUGCUUGAACCAGCACCUCUUACCUCCCAGAGUUCACUUCAAGCAGGAAGCCAGAGUCUGCAGCUGGAGCUAGAGUCAGCAUCUUCCCUGGUCCCUGUCUGAGAAAAACUCAAGUGACCGGACAGCGAGACCCGGACCCCCAGGAUGACACCCCUCGUUUAAGGGCCGUAGAUCGCACAACGUCUCUGUGGCCAGACACGUCUGUGUGUUUCCAGGUUCCAAAGAUUAGUGCUGGGGGCGGGGGAGAAGGGGGUUGGUGAUACUGUGUGGACUGACCUUCAAGACCCUGCCCCAUGGGAGGGAGCCUGCAGGAUAGGCCUGUUGACUUGCUUUUCUCCUUCUCAGAGAUGUCCGGAAGUCAGUUGGCACCGGGGAAGAAGCCUCUAGAUACGAUUUUCUGGGAAAACGAGAUAACUGGAGAAAUCACCUACUGCCCAUGGGAGGCCCCCAUGGAAGGCGUGCCUGAGGAGUCCCGCCCUCAGCAUGAGGACAUGCAGGGGACUCCUCCCCUUCCCCAGCGCCCACCCGCCACUCCUGCGCAGAGGCCUACCCCUGUGCCUUCUCCCAAGGCCUCACUGAAAGACAAGAGCUCAAGAUACCCCUCACCCUGGGCACCCACCCAGGGCCAGGCCACCCCUGGGGCCAGGAGCACCUCGCGGUACCCAGAGUUCGCUAUCACCAUGCCACCACCAGAGGGCGCUCCGCCAACACUCAGCCCUCUGUGCCUGGGCCAUCAGGCCACCUCUUCUCCCCAUCCUUCUGCCCCCUGGGCCUUCACCUGCGAGGUGAAAAAUGCUAACAGAAAUGACCCAUUUUCUUUUUGAGGUCUGGGAGGUACUCGGGUGGCUGUGUCCUUAGGUGCCCUUCUGAGCCAUCAGGGCUGGAGCAGCCACACUGACCCCCAGCCACAUUUAUGCUUUGCGGAAGACCUUGCCAAAUGCUUGCAACACCGAUAUAAAUCUUGCCUAGAUUAAAA